AUGUCUACGCAAAUCCCCAGACCGUCUUCAAAUACCACCAAUUCGUCAAACUCGACCAACUCGAACCAGCCAUUCACCGGCAACAUGGAUGCUUACACGCUCUCCAUGUACGAGCACACGAAGCGCCUUAUGGCAGCUGCCCAGAUCCCCUACGGUAGCCCCGCCAGCCUCCUCCUCGCAACCUCUCCGAACGACCCGGUCACGACCGGAACGGGCUCCGGCAGCUUCACGGAUAAGUUGCUCGUUGCUCUGUGGCCCGUCUUGGUGCCAACCAAGGUUGUCGACGAAACCGCAAACUCGCUCCGGUCCUUUCUCGAGACUCUCCUCCGAAGAUCAUCUGCUUCGUACAAUACCCUGCUUGCGGCGUUUUACUAUUUGGUCCUUUUCCAGUCGAUCGCGACUCUGCCGCUCGACGCAACAAAACACACCCCCUGCCUACAAAAGUUACGAUCCCUCCAGUGCCCGCGGCGUAUGUUCCUCGCCGCCCUCAUGCUGGGCUGGAAGUUUACUCAAGAGCAGGCUUUCUCAACCGCCACGUGGGCCACAUUUUCGGGACUUUCUGUGAGAGAGCUGAACCGCAACGAGGCGGCGUUCUUGUCCAUGAUUGACUGGCGCCUUUACAUUUCACAGGCCGUCUUUGCGCAAUGGGACACAGAGGUGUCGUACCACGUCCAGACGCCCAAUGUUGCGUUGUCUGGCAAAAUUUUCGGGAUUGGAAGCUCAAUUGCUACCGCGUGA